CCAAGUCGCGCGGAAAUAAUAAUAAUAAUACAAAAAUAAUGAUACAAGAGUUUGCGACCGACGAAAUUGUGAAAUAAAUGAAUUCACUCAUUUGGCAUGACCGAAACCUACGAGGCAGAUACAGUGCCAGUGCAAAGUGUAAGCCGAAACUUCGGUUUCGAGGGGAAUCGCCAAGAAUAAAUCUGUGCUAGUAACAAAAACAAAAGGAACCAGGAGUCAGAGUCUGCCAUGAGCCGUCUUCUGGAGAAGCCGAACAUUGCCAUGUCCAUCAAGUCAACGGGUAGUCAAUUAUCGAGCACAGCGGCCACCACGGCAACGGGUGAGGGCACUGCUGCUGCUGCUGCAUCCACAGACUUGGAGGAUGAGGAUGGAGCGCAUGGAGCGCAUCAAGUAACAGAAACACCCGCCAAUACAGCCAACACCAGCCCCAGCCCCAGUCCCAGUCCCAGAGUUCGAACCAAUAUCGACCAGGUGGUCAUUAGUCUGGUGUCUGGAGCGGCGGCAGGUGCUCUGGCCAAGACUGUCAUCGCACCGCUGGACCGCACAAAGAUCAAUUUUCAGAUACGCAAAGAUGUUCCCUUCUCGUUUCGUGCCUCGCUGCGGUAUCUGCAGCACACCUACGCCAAUGAGGGUGUCCUGGCCCUGUGGCGCGGCAACUCAGCCACAAUGGCCAGAAUUGUGCCCUAUGCGGCCAUACAGUUUACGGCCCACGAGCAGUGGCGCAGGAUACUGCAGGUCGACAAGGAUGGCUCCAACACAAAGUUACGUCGCUUUGUGGCCGGCUCACUGGCGGGCAUCACAUCCCAAUCGUUGACUUAUCCUCUGGAUCUGGCACGCGCACGCAUGGCUGUCACGGACAGAUACACGGGCUACCGAACGCUGCGGCAGGUCUUUGCCAAGAUUUGGGUGGAGGAGGGACCACGCACGCUGUACCGUGGCUAUUGGGCCACAGUGCUGGGCGUGAUACCCUACGCGGGCACCUCCUUUUUCACCUACGAAACCCUGAAGCGGGAGUACCAUGAAAUGGUUGGCAAUAAUAAACCGAAUACUCUAGUCUCGCUGGCGUUUGGUGCUGCGGCUGGUGCCGCUGGCCAAACGGCGAGCUAUCCCCUGGAUAUUGUGCGACGAAGAAUGCAGACGAUGCGCGUGAAUGAAGCGAACAAUGAACGCUGUCCCACCAUUCUGGAGACGCUCUCCAAGAUCUAUCGCGAGGAGGGCAUCAAGAAUGGUUUCUACAAGGGCCUCAGCAUGAACUGGCUCAAGGGCCCCAUAGCUGUGGGCAUUAGCUUCUCCACCUACGACCUGAUCAAAGCCUGGCUGCGGGAGUUGUCCCACUUGAAACGUGGCCGGCUGGAGGAUUAGCAGUCGAAUCCUUCCGACCAAACACACACCAAAAAAACGCACUGCUUUUGUUCUUAAGUCUCAUUCGAUUCAAUGAUAAAGUGUUAGAUAUUUUUAGUUGUUAAUUGUGUAGGAGAGCAGGAGAUAGCAUAAUUGAUUUAUUAUUAUCCGCUUUAAGCCCAAAAGUAAUCAAAAAAUAGUCUGUAUAUUGAGCCCUGGUAUCCUAUUUUGUAUUCAGUGGCAUUAACUGGACAAUAACUUACUCUUUUACUCCUAGACUAAUGAUUUAAAGAAGAUUUGUAUUUGUAUCGAGUCAAUUUGCUUUCGUAAAUGUAAAAAUUGCCAUGAAUUUAUGAAUGUUCACCAGCGAAAUCUUCUUAUGCAUAUAUUAUAGAUAUAUAUAUAUA